AUGGGAAUGGAAACACGUACGGUGACCCGAUGCCUUGAAAGCCUCGAAAGAGUCGAACAGGAACACCCGGAUAGCAACUCCACCACAGAGGCACUCAAACAGAUACUCAAUGCUGCGUACCAAGUUGAGAUAACAGUCCGAUCAAGUUCUACUUUCAUCCAUUUACUCCUCCAAAGAAUGAAGCAGGCUACUCGAUAUGGAUGGAUAUAUAAGAUUGUCCAGGGUAUGCCGUGGAGCCAGAGUCCCCGUAUUGAUGAUGAUUGGAAGAAAAAAGUUGCUGCCGAGAUGUUGGCCAGUCUAAGUGCUACCAGAUUAGCAAAGAGCAUAUCAUCUCAGAUCAAAGAUCGUCUUAACAAAUCCCACGAUGCCUUUCUGACAGCACUCAAGCAACUGGAAAUGAAGCACUCGGGACGACUUACUAAGAUCGAAGAGGAGCGGUUGAAACUACGGAAAGUGCAUGCACCGAGAGUUGCCAAGGUUGCGCUGGAAAGCACCUCACUAAAAGAUGUCAUACUUUAUGGUAUGCCACAGAUGGGACGUGAAAUCGGCCGUGGUCAAUAUGGAGUUGUCUACUCUUAUGACUCAUGGGCAAGUUACACCCCCUGUGCCAUAAAGUCGGUUGUUCCCCCUGAUGAAAAACACUGGAAUGAUCUUGCUCUCGAGUUCUUCUACACAAAGAAUAUCCCCGACCAUGACAGAGUUGUUAUGUUACGUGGCUCCGUGAUCGACUACAGCUACGGAAGUGGUACUCCCGCUGUACUGCUCAUCAUGGAUCGACUUCAGAGAGAUCUGUACUCGGCAAUCAAACAAAAUCUGGACUGGGUCUCAAGAUUACAGGUUUCUAUCGAUGUGGUCGAGGGGAUACGGUUUCUUCAUGGUCAGGGCCUUGUUCACAGAGAUAUUAAACUGAAAAAUGUUCUAUUGGAUAAGGACAAUCGUGGGAAAAUCACAGAUCUUGGUUUCUGUAAGCCAGAGGCAAUGAUGAGCGGGAGUAUUGUGGGUACUCCAAUCCAUAUGGCACCCGAGCUGUUUUCGGGACGAUAUGACAGCAGUGUGGAUGUUUAUGCAUUUGGAAUUCUGUUUUGGUACAUCUGCGCCGGUAGCGUCCGACUGCCACAGAAUUUUGAACAGUGUGCCAACAAGGAGCAGCUUUGGAAUUACGUAAAAAAUGGUUUAAGGCCAGAGCACUUGCCCGUGUUUGAUGACGAAUGUUGGGACCUGAUGUCGAAUUCUUGGGAGUGUGAACCAGCCAAACGCCCGCUGCUCGGGGAAGUGCAUGCAACACUCCAGGGCAUCUACGACAGAUAUCGAAACAAACCAGGCGGACCAACAAAAACAGCGAAAGAAUCCCCACCGAAACCGUUGACCCAAAAGAAUGUUAAAUAUAAAUUGAAGGACAAGAAGUGACUAUCUAACAGUAACAAGGCAGAUGGGAAAACCAAGUGCCUUUAUGGAACCAUUUUUGUCCAUGAUCAUUGACUUUGCGACAGACUUGUCUCAUAAUUUAAGGGUUUCAUGUUCAAAGCAGGGUAAAGGGCUUAGGGUUCUUCCAUUAAAACAUUUAGGCACUUUUGAAUUAUAUAACCACCCUUUUGGGGUCCAAAUAAGUGAAAAAAGAUACCCACCCCUAUACUAAGAAAAAUAUUGCCUUCACCCUGUGGGGGUAUAUGAAAUUGUUGCCAAUGUAAUUGAUACUAAUUUGUAGGAUUUCUUUUCUGAUUUUGAUGCAAGUGUCCAAGCAAAUAUCAGCUGUAUAAAAGUCACUAGCUCUCGAUUUCAGGGCUCAUCUUGGGCCCGUAUUCACAAAUGCCCAGGGACCAUGAUUACAAACAGUCUCAAGUCGAAGUCUAGACUAAAAAAGCGUUAUUAUGAAGGAACAAAAAAUCAUAUUUAUUACAUUUCUUUUACAAAAAAUAAGUAAAUAAUUGUAAAACAUUCAAAACGUUAUAUAUUUCAGCAAAAUUCACCAUCAAUGUAUAGAUACAAGGAAAAUCACAAUGAAAUGAUGUUUUGCCAUAAGGAGUCUCGAGUCUUAAGUCUGACAUGAGACUGUUCAUAAUCACUGCCCCUUCCCAUGGCCCCCAGGUAAUUUUGGCUUCAAUAACGAUUGAGUUUUGAAUGAGUAUAAACAAGAAACGAGCAUAAGCAACCAUUUACAGUGCUCCUGUUUUCAUUUUUAGUUCUCCAUAACCUCAUAAUUUUAAAUACACGUGACAAUUUUGUUAAUUGGGUUAUGUUUUAAAGGAAGGUAUUAUUGCAAUAUAGACAAUGUAUAACAUAAUGUAUAAUGAGAUUCAAUAUUUUAUUAAAUAAUAUGCACUGAAUUUAACAUUAAUGCGCUUUUCUUCAUUUCAUUCAUGUUUAGAGCUUUGGGCCGAUUGUUCAGAACUUUGAUAAAGUUAACAACAAGAAUUGCCACAUUGUUUUAAAUUUUAAACUUUUUCUAUACGAUGAAUUGCUCACAAAUUAAAAUAUGAACAAGUACAGCUGAAACAGUUGUCUCAAAUCUUGUUAGAAAUACAGCAGAUCACAAGUCUAGAAUACGACUUGAAAGUUCACAACGAGAACAUUAACAACAUUGUUAAAUGCUUUAGUAGUAGCUGUGAAAAUCUUAAAUCUGUUGUAUCAUCACAGAUGGUAUUGACUUAUUAGCAUUUGUUUCUUUCUGCAAUAUUUUCAUCUUUAAUACAGAAUACAAUUCAUUUCAUACACAAAUGUUGCAGAAUAAUAAAAAUAUGACAUUAAGCGGAUUUUAUGCCUAAAAUCUUUAUUAAACCAGACUCCAGAUAUGUUAUCAAACUUGGCACACAUGGUACCAAAGCAUUCGAAACUCCUCAGCUAUUUUCCAUCAAAAACAACCCCGGAUGAAUGCCGGUUCGUCGGUAGAAGUAGUUUGUAACAUUUUGACGAUGAAAACAUUAACAACAUUGUUAACUUUAACAAAGUUCGAAACAAUUUACCCAGUGUUGGUUUGUUCUAAUAUGCUUGUAGUUCAUCAGUAUUGCACAUUUCAAAAAUGGCAUGAACAAUGACUUUGAAAAACAUAUACAUGUAUGCACCAACUGUUCUAAAUAAUUAUUAUCCCAUUAACCAUUCAUGUAACUGAGCUGUAAUAAAGGGAAAUGUAUGUUCUUGAGUGGUAAUAAUUGUUUUUGGGUGGUUACAAAUCAAUGAUCUUGAUGAUGUGGGUUUGAAGGUUCUUUUUUUCAGUGGUGAUUAAUGUUCUUGUUCUUGAGUGAAGAUUGUUCUUGGGUGAUAAUGUAUGUUCUUGGGUGAUAAUGUAGGUUCUAAUUUCUCAGUGGUGAUUAAUGUUCUUGUUAUUGAGUGAAGACUGUUCUUGGGUGAUAAUGUAGGUUCUUAUUUCUCAGUGGUGAUUAAUGUUCUUGUUCUUGAGUGAAGAUUGUUCUUGGGUGAUAAUGUAGGUUCUAAUUUCUCAGUCGUGAUUAAUGUUCUUGUUAUUGAGUGAAGACUGUUCUUGGGUGAUGAUGUAGGUUCUUAUUUCUCAGUAGUGAUUAAUGUUCUUGUUAUUGAGUGAAGAUUGUUCUUGGGUGAUAAUGUAGGUUCUUGUUUUAGAGUAUUGAUGUUUGUUCUUCUUGAAUCAAGAUUUGUGUUUUUGAGUUGAAAUAAAGUUCUUGCGUGGCAGUGAAGAUCUUGAGUGAUUAUAUAUAUAUAUAUAUAUAUAUAUAUAUAUAUAUAUAUAUAUGUUUUUAAAUGUAAUUAUUGUUAUUGAAUGUAGAUUCUUGUUUUAAAGUAAUGAGGUAUUUUUCUUGAUUGAACUUCAUGUUCUAGAUUGAAGCUGUUUGAUCUAGAAUUGAAGUGAAGUUUUUGAGGGGAACUGUAGAAUCUUGUCAUAUGUAUUAUCUUCACUUGAGGAGUAAAUAUGUGUGUUCUAGAGUGAGAUUGAAAGUCUGAGUGGUAGUAUAUGUUCUUGAGUGGUAAUUGUGUGUUCUUGUUAAUAAAAUAAUGUUCUUGAGUUCAUAUGUAUGUUCUUGGGUAGUAAUGUAUGUUCUUGAGUGGCAAUGUAUGUUUUUGAGUGGUAAUGUAUGUCCUUGAGUGGCAAUGUAUGUUUUGAGUGGUAAUGUAUGUUUUUGAAUGGUAAUGUUUGUUCUUGAGUGAUAAUGUAUGUUCUUGAAAGGUAAUGUUUGUUCUUGAGUGAUAAUGUAUGUUCUUGAAAGGUACUGUUUGUUCUUGAGUGGUAAUUUAUGUUCUUGAAUGGUAAUAUAUGUUCUUGAGUGGCAAUGUAUGUUUUUGAAUGGAACUUUAUGUUCUUGAGUGUCAUUGUAUGUGCUGGAAUGCAGUAAUGUUUGUACUAUAUAUGUGACAAUGCAAGAUAAUGAUUUUGUGCAAUACUGUAUUUGCUUACCAGCAGGCUUUUUAGUUUUAUAGGAUCUACCAUUUUACCACUAUGUUUGCAAGCCUGCAUGUUAAACUUGUAUUGGAAAAUAUUAUGUUACUUGAUGAUGUGUUAUUUGAUGAUGUCACAGACGUUUUCUCAUCAGAAAUGUUAUAAUAAUCUUUAGUGAAGAUAUGCAUAGAAUAUUUUCAUGUCUAAUCAUUGUUAUGUUAUGUACAAAUCAUUGUUAACCAUUCCCAAUGAAAUAUAACUCUUGUUUCUUCAAAAAAACAUCAGGGUAUUGCCAUAAUAAACCUGGUUCCAUCUUCACUAACAUCGUAAGUCUGAAUUUGAGACUCGGGCUCAGAUAACUGAAAUCUUAAUUAUUUCCAAAUAUCUACUAUAUAACAUUGUUUAUAAAACAGAUGUCUGUUUGAAUGUUGUACAUUUUUGUUUGUAAAAGAUACAACCAUUUUCACCAUCUUGCUCCUAUAAUAGCAUUUUUACAACAAAAUAAAGAUUUUGCUCUUUUGAGCCUGUCUAAGUCUCAAGAUCAGACUCAAAUGUUAGUAAAUAUGGCGGGCCCUGCCCUGUAUGUAGGUGUGUGAUUUUGGCAGGUGAUAUGGGGAAGAAAAAAACUUCUUUUGGUAUGUAUAUCGAUAAUCAGGUAGUUACAGAUAUAGAUUAUUUUUUUAAGGCCACUUAUAUCGGUCAUUGGGCCAUUUGUUUAGAAAUUUGUUAAAGUUAAAAACAUGAUGAAUGACAUCAUUGUUAACUUUUAAAGCUGCACUCUCACAGAUUGAACAUCUUGACAACUUUUUUAUUUAUUGUCUUUAUAGCCAAUUUUUGCGAAAUUCCAUGGAAAUCAGUUAUAUGAGAUUGCUGACAAAAAAUAGAUCGCAUAUUUUUGUAUGUAAGUUCUAAAAUUGAUGUUUUAUGCAUAUUUCUUAAGCUGUUAGUAACAGUUUAAGCCAUUAAUUUUUGAACGGAGAUAGGAAAAUCUGCUAUCUGAUCUUUUGUCAGCAAUCUUUUAUCAUUGGUUUGCAGAUAUUUGCGCAAAAAAAAUGCUCCUUUCAAGACAAAAAAUAAAAAAGUUGUAAAAAUGGUAUAUCUGUGAGAGUGCAGCUUUAAAGGUGAAAAAUAAUAUGUUGGGCUCCUAAGUUUAUAAAAGGCAAGUUCAUUUAAAACAAUUGUCUCAAAUCGUGUUAUAUAAGGAAUACUAGGGAACAUAGGCCUACAGUGAGACUUCCAGAGGAAUACCGAUUUAAAAGUUAACAACGAUGCUGUUAACAAUGUUGUUAACUUAAACCAAGUUCUGAACAAUUGACUCAGUGUCACUAAAACGAUGCAUUCAACUUGCUUUAGUGUAUUUAUAGACCAAAUCUCAAAAGAAAAUAUGAUAAAAUAUUUAUAUGAAUAUAUAGGUCAGAUUAAGUCAGUAACAUUGCUAAUACAAUCCACAUGCUGAUAAAUAUUAUUUUUUUCCUCAUAAGGCCCCACCAAAUGAUUUUAUAAAUGGUUUUACCAUCCCCGUUUUUUUUAGAAAAAUUAAGUGUUUAUAAACAUUUUUGAAGGACUGCUCCUGUUUUUUCAGAAGAAAAAAUCGAGAAAAAAAUGUCCGUUGAAACAAUAGUUCUAUAUUAAAAAAAUAAUUAACAAACUUAAAUGCCAUAAGAAUUUUGUGGCAUCAAAUCAAGGUCUCUGGCAUUUCAGAAAGGCUGAAACAGUUUUUAAUUUUUAAUAUCUUGAAAGUGAUAAUUGUAUUAUAUAAUGAAUUAUUAUAAAUAAUUGUAUAGGAGAAACAAGUGCGCUUUCGCCCACUUCUGUUUUUAAUUGUACUUAAAUGUAUUUUCAUUUCACCCACUUGAUUUCAUUGUUUUUCGCCAGAGUCUAUCGAACAAGACAUUUGUUGAAUGUUUUUAUAUUCUUUGUGUAUACAGGAUGAUUUAUACUCUCUUGAUUAUGUAAUUAUAAGCUGAAUAUCCAAUAUUCUCCCUCUAUUUAUUUGUUUUACGUAUCAAAUUGUUACAGAUGUGUGAUUUUCUACAAUAAAGAACACUCACUAAAAUAAUGGGCGUUUGUUCAAAUCCAAGAUCAAUAUUCUUUCAUAAUCCAAGGUCAAUAUUCUUUCAUAAUCCAAGGUCAAUAUUCUUUCAUAAUCCAAGGUCAAUAUUCUUUCAUAAUCCAAGGUCAAUAUUCUUUCAUAAUCCAAGGUCAUUAUUCUUUCAUAAUACAAGAUCAUUUUUUUUCAUAUUCCAAGGUCAAUAUUCUUUCAUAUUCUAAGGUCAAUAUUCUUUCAUAUUCCUAGGUCAAUAUUAUUUCAUAUUCUAAGGUCAAUAUUAUUUCAUAUUCUAAGGUCAAUAUUAUUUCAUAUUCCUAGGUCAAUAUUAUUUCAUAUUCCUAGGUCAAUAUUAUUUCAUAAUACAAGGUCAACAUGCUUUAAUAAUUCAACGUCAAUAUUCUUUCAUAAUCCAAGGUCAAUAUUCUUUCAUAAUCCAAGGUCAAUAUUCUUUCAUAAUCCAAGGUCAUUAUUCUUUCAUAAUACAAGAUCAUUUUUUUUCAUAUUCCAAGGUCAAUAUUCUUUCAUAUUCUAAGGUCAAUAUUCUUUCAUAUUCCUAGGUCAAUAUUAUUUCAUAUUCUAAGGUCAAUAUUAUUUCAUAUUCUAAGGUCAAUAUUAUUUCAUAUUCCUAGGUCAAUAUUAUUUCAUAUUCCUAGGUCAAUAUUAUUUUAUAAUACAAGGUCAACAUGCUUUAAUAAUUCAACGUCAAUAUUCUUUCAUAAUCCAAGGUCAAUAUUCUUUCAUAAUCCAAGGUCAAUAUUCUUUCAUAAUACAAGGUCAAUAUUCUUUCAUAAUCCAAGGUCAAUAUUCUUUCA